AUGACUGCUUACUCUUCAGCCUAUAACCUACCCACUAAGAAAAUGACAGUUGUUUCUGGUCCAGCAGCAAAUUUCAGUGUAAGAUUCAAUCAUACUGAUGUUAAAACACCUGAUUUUACUGAGUACAGAAAAGAAAGGCGUAAAAGUCUUGAUGCUAGAAGUAGGGAUGCUGAAGAUGAAGAUAAGUUUAACACUGCUGCUAUUUGUGCUGUUGGAGGAGCAGCUGUUGCUUAUGCAGCUAAAUCUCUAGCAGUUAGAGCAGCUGCUUUUAUAAGCCCCUCUGCUGAUGUUAUGGCUUUAUCUAAAAUUGAAAUUGAUAGAAAAGAAAUAGCGAAAGAAGAAGCAGUUGAUGUAUCUACUUUACGAGAUCCAGAACCAGACAAUGCAAGAGUUAAAGAUAAAGAAUGGUUAAUUGUUGUUGGAAUUUGCACUCAUUUAGGAUGUGUGCCCAUUCCUAACCAGGGAGAUUGGAAUGGUUAUUAUUGCCCUUGUCACGGGUCCCAUUAUGAUGCUUCAGGUAGAAUAAGGAAAGGCCCGGCUCCAACUAAUUUAGAAGUGCCACCUUAUGAAUUUAUCGAAGACAAAAUAAUUGUAGGAUAA